AUGUUGAAACUUCAUUUUAAUUUUACAGUUGAUAAAGAAAAUACAAGUACAGAAGUCAAAACAUUUAUAGAAAGAAAAGAGAAUAUUGUAUCUUUCAGUUUAGAAUACAAAAUGAAGAUUAUUGUAGACAAAGGUAAAUGUAUUUCAGUACAGAAAUGUGAUAAAGGAUACAUUUAUGUAUUUGAAUUUGGAAAUAUUAAUGAUGCUUUAUUUUUUGAGGAAAACAAAGAAUGUAAAGUUAUUUCUUCCAGCUUUUUCUGUGAUCCUAAAGAUAUCGAAAAGGAUAUUGUUAAUUAUGCAGAACAUUAUAUUAACACAAAAGGAAUAAAAAAGAAACAGCGGAAAAGACUUAUAGAAGACGAAAAUGGGUUUAAAAGAUAUAUUUAA